AAAUGGGGAACAGAGGUGGAAAUGGGUGGCCUGGAGUUUGUGGUCUGUAGAGGGGCUUUCAGGCAAGAGCCCAGACCUGCAGACUCAGCCACCAUUGCUCUGGGCCACCUGAUAGGUUGGAACAGCCAUCCAGAAAUCCCCCACCAAGGCCAGACAAGGUCAGGCCUCCUGCCCUUCCCAGAGCCACAGCUGCCUCUGAGCUUCUGGCCUCCUGGGACAUCCAGCAAGAGGGAAGGACUGACAUCAUGCAGUGGGAGUGAGGUCACUCUGCCUGCUCCAUCCUGUGGCCUGAAACCCCUCAGCACCCACCCAGCAGGUUCUGGCUUCCCGCCCCCUUCCCCCAGUUCUUGCUGGAACCAGAUGCCAGUGGAGUGAAGAGUGGCCACCAGGGGGUGCCCUGUAGCAAGAGUGUAGGGGACGGAGGGGUGGAGGCUGGGCUGGUCUCUUGUUCCUGGAAUGGGCCAGGAGGGAGGAGGAACAAGCGGAAGGGGAUGGUGUGUUGCUGGCCGGCUGGCUCAGGCGGACGAGAAGACAGCCCCUUCGGAGGCCCAUCUGGGCGCCCUGCGACUGUGGCUGCAGCUGGGCAUGGCAGACUCUGCACAGGCCCAGAAGCUGGUGUACCUGGUCACAGGUGGCUGUGGCUUCCUGGGGGAGCACGUGGUGCGAAUGCUGCUGCAGCGGGAACCCCGGCUCCGUGAGCUGCGGAUCUUUGACCUGCACCUGGGUCCCUGGCUGGAGGAGCUGAAGACAGGGCCCGUGCAGGUGACUGCCAUCCAGGGGGAUGUGACCCAGGCCCACGAAGUGGCAGCGGCUGUGGCUGGAGCCCAUGUGGUCAUCCACACAGCCGGGCUGGUGGACGUGUUUGGGAGGGCCAGUCCUGAGACCAUCCAUGAGGUCAACGUGCAGGGUACACAGAACGUGAUUGAGGCUUGUGUGCAGGCUGGAACACAGUUCCUGGUCUACACGAGCAGCAUGGAAGUUGUGGGGCCCAACAUCAAAGGCCACCCCUUCUACAGGGGCAAUGAGGACACCCCAUAUGAAGCAAUACACAGACACCCCUAUCCUUGCAGCAAGGCCCUAGCUGAACGGCUGGUCCUGGAAGCCAAUGGAAGGAAGGUCCGCGGGGGGCUGCCCCUGGUAACGUGUGCCCUGCGUCCCACCGGCAUCUAUGGUGAAGGCCACCAGAUCAUGAGGGACUUCUACCACCAGGGCUUGCGCCUGGGGGGUCGGCUCUUCCGGGCCGUCCCAGCCUCUGUGGAGCACGGCCGGGUCUACGUGGGCAACGUAGCCUGGAUGCAUGUGCUGGUGGCCCGGGAGCUGGAGCAGCGAGCGGCACUAAUGGGUGGCCAGGUGUACUUCUGCUAUGACAAGUCACCCUAUAAGAGCUACGAGGACUUCAACAUGGAGUUCCUGGGCCCCUGUGGACUGCGGCUGGUGGGCACCCGCCCACUGUUGCCCUACUGGCUGCUGGUGUUUCUGGCUGCCCUCAAUGCCCUGCUGCAGUGGCUGCUGCGGCCGCUGCUGCUCUAUGCGCCCCUGCUCAACCCCUACACGCUGGCCGUGGCCAACACCACCUUCACUGUCAGCACCAACAAGGCUCAGCGCCAUUUUGGCUAUGAGCCCCUGUUUUCAUGGGAGGACAGCCGGACCCGCACCAUUCGCUGGGUGCAGGCCAUGGAGGGUUCAGUCCAGUGACGGUGGAGCUGGGGCCUGGAGGCCCAGCGUGGCACAUCCUUCCGGGUCCAGAGCCCUCAAACCCUGGGUGGGGGGGAAGGCAACAUUUGAGAGCUGGAGGCAGGGGUCUGGUGCCAGACUGGCUCUCUUGGAGCUCUCCACAGUUUAAAUCCAUGAGGCUUGAGUCUGUGUCCUGAUGCCUCUCAGUUCUAGGGCAGGAACGGCUUCACUCUCUACCCAGGCCUGAAGGCUGGCUGGCAAGUUGUCUGACUUGGUGUUCUCAACUGCCCGCCCCAUUGCCGGCUUUCCCAGCAGGAAGUGGGGAGAAGUUCCACAGGCCUUAUGCUGGCCUUCUGACAUCCAGGCGUGAUCCUCAGGCCUGGAUUCAGAGUGAAGAUGCUUUCUGGCUCCUCCCAUCACUCUGUCCCUCCUUGGGGCGUCAUAUUCCCAUUAUUUUAAAACAUUUAUCACCUUUAGACAUUUAUCUUUUAAUUCUCCCCAAUGAAAGCUGAGGAAAUCCGUGUAUUUUCACUUCUUCCCACUCCUCUACCCAAAUCAGUUCCUGCGAUAUUGUUAGAUCUCUGCCUGAGGAUGCCCCAGCAAUGCUGUACCUGGCCAAGCCCUGGAUUAAAACUCCUUAUCCAA